AUGAUCAACUGUUCGAAGAAGGAAAGAUUUUUUGAUUAUUUGACUUUCGAAUAUUGUGAUGAUACGCUUCUUGAACUCGAUAUUGUUAUGUUUUGCUUUCUGCAGACGCCGAGAGAUCAACCGAAAUUUAUCGGCGAUGCUCGAAUAGGUCGAUUUAUGAUAGACGAUGAUUUGGCAUCAGAUGCAAACUUCAAUAUUGCACGAGGCUGGAUGAAUACUUGCAUUCUUGAACAUCCUGAAUCGAAAUGUCCUUCCUUUGAAGACGAAGUCUUACCUUCUAGAGUGAUCGAUGUUGGUUUGGAAAACACAAAUCCAUCUCUUUUAAUGACACACGGCUUUAGGGGUAAAUAUAUCGCACUGAGUCAUUGUUGGGGAGGCCGAAUCGAGACCAUUCUAAAAACAUCGAAUCUGAAAUCGCUCCAAAAAGGGAUCACAAUGACAAGCUUACCAGCUGAUUUCAGAGACGCAAUCUUGAUCACUCGAGCGCUCGGCUUUCAAUUUCUGUGGAUAGAUUCCUUACGUAUCAUUCAGGACUCCAAAUAUGGUUGGGGAAUUGAAUCAAAGAAGAUGGGAGGCAUUUAUCGGAACUCCGCUCUGACUAUCGGAGCAGCAGCAGCACAUAGAGCCGCCGAUGGUAUGCUUCACCCUCGAUCACAAACACUUCGCGUCAUGAAGCCUAAACUCAAAUUAUCGAAAGACAGUGGAUCCGAUGACGCUGUGGAGAUCGCUAGGUCCACUGCUUUGUCGUCUGAAUAUCUUGCCACAUUGUUUGAAUCUGGACCUCUACAAUCUCGAGCUUGGGCAUUCCAAGAGAGAAUGCUCUCACCUCGAAUACUGUGGUAUGGUCGCAGACAAAUCUAUUGGCAAUGCCUAUGUGGAUUUCGAUCUGCGGACGGCGCGCUAUCAGGUGGUGCGUGUUUUCCCUCGAGUAAGCGCUACAUCUAUCCAGUGAUCACCCAAAGGCUUAUUUUCAACCAAAAUUAUAAUGAUAAGUUCACAGAAUUCUCCAGAGAAGAACUGCUAGAGAUGAAUUAUGAGUAG